AUGGCGAAUCUGCUGCAGGGUGACUCCCCGGCCAAGCCCAAGGGCAAGGCCAAAGCCAAGGUACGUGCUCCGCCGCCGGCGGGUGACGAUUCUGUCCGCCUCCCUGCGACUGUGGUACCUGCGGAUUCCCCGGCUCCUCCCACUCAAGUGGACGAGUCGCCGUCGGAAUCUCUGCAUGCCACGCCUGCCAAGCGAUUUUUCUUGGACCUGUUUGCUGGUGCUUCCUCGCCAGUCUCCCAAGCGGUUGCGGACCUAGGCUUGGCUCGCCUGGAACCGGUGGACGUACUGGUCGGUCCGGCUCAUGACCUUCUGGAUGACUCCACCUUUCAGAAUCUCCAGCGGCUGUGUUCUUCUGGCCUGGUAGGUGUGGCAGCUGCGGCCCCCCCAUGCUCUGCGUUUUCUCGGGCGAGACUUCGUCUGGGGGGCCCGCCUCCUGUGCGCACUCUUCUGCACCCCACUGGCAUACCGCACCCUUCGGUUUCUCAGGCUAGGGAACUGGAGACGUCAGCGCUACUGCAUUCCCGCACACGUCACCUGCUGCAUUUGGUGGCAGGCCGUGGCGGACUGAUCUGGUUAGAAAAUCCGUCCUCCAGUUUACUCUGGCUUGACCCUGAGGUGAUCGCUUGGUGCCGUCUUGCGGCUCCCUUCAUGGCCACGGUUGCUGCCUGUCAGGUUGGCCUUCAGCUGCACAAGUCCUGGUCCUUCUGCUGCAAUGAUGCAUCCGUUUCCCAGCUUGCGUCCGUGUGCCCGCAUUCCAUCGGCUUUCAUCCAGCCGUGUCCGGGAAAAGGGCUGCAGAUGGCUCCUUUCUCACGCGGAACACCGCAGCCUACCCUGCUUCCCUGGCACUGUCUCUGGCGAAGCUUGCUGCCCCGUGGCUGUCGAAAGACACAUCGGGCACUGCUCCGGUUGCUCUGGCUACAUGGCACUCCUUGCUUCCCGCUCGACUACCCUGGCCAGACUUGAAGCACCGGGUGGAGGACGGAGCUGGCACGUGUAGCACUGCCCGCCCUGAUCCUGCCAAAUUCUCGGACCCUUUCCGCAGCCUGCGCACGGCGUGGUCUCGCCGUUUCCUCCGAGAUGGCCUUGCGGUGCGCAUCGCCACUGCUCUCAAUUCAGGCAGCCGUGAACCUCCACUCUCUGAAUCCGAACUGGAACCUUUCCUAUCGGAUUUGCGCAGCUUCUUAGGGGUCACUGACGACGCUGCUUGGCGUCACCUUCUCCGGGUUCAACCAGGGCAGCCCUUCCGUCUUGAGCUAUGGCACCGCCUAUGCGUGGCGUGCGCUGACCCUGACACUGCGUACUUUGACCUACUACGCGAAGGGGUUCCCCUGGGGAUCUCGUCGCCCAUCCCGCCGUGCAAAGUGAUGGCGCCCCCGGGCCCACCCGACUCUGCCACCAUCCCCUUGCAGCACUGUGAAUCCUCUUGGAAGUCGGCCAUUGACCACUCCGAGACCGUUGAUGAAUUGCUGUUAGAGGAACUGGCUCAGGGUUGGAUCGCGAUUGUACCGGGUGGCGACGAAGAGCUCCGUAGGGAGUAUUCU